UUUACAUGUAUGUAAUUAAUUAUCUACAAGGAUUUACUAUUCCAAUUUAUGGAUUUAGCAGCUAGCAAGGAAGAUGGGACAUGGACAUGGAUUGAGCUUGCUAUUUUACGAGAGAACAACGAGGGAAAACAAACAGAAGUUGAUUUACAGGAGGCUUUUGGAGAGCAGUCAAGUGGUUUCAUGGUUGAAAACACCCGAUAUAAAAUCAUCCACUUGCCAUUGUCUAAUUCGGUUCCUCAGAUUUAUUGUAUCAACCUGCAUUGGCCAGAUCUCUUUGUCAAAGUCGGUGUCUUCCUGUUAACUACCAUGACACAAUUGCUGAGUAACAUAUUUUCUCUCAGGAAGCACGAGGGGGUGAUGUGAUUGCUCUCCACCCUAAGGCUAGGUGAAUUCUUAGUGAGUCUGGAUUAGACCUUGGUUAUGCUAAAGCUUUGCACUGAGCCUGAAGAUAGUUGAAGACUAGGAACAAUUUAUAUCCUCGAAGUUAAAUGUACACUGGUUGGAUGAUUGUGUGCUUAUGGCAGAGGAAGGAAAUCCCUCUGGUGAGUAUUGAUAGGGGGGUGCUUUCCAAUUCUGAAA